AUGUGGCAAAAAAUUAUUUCAUGUUGUUUGAUUUUAACGAUUGUGGGAGGAAAUAGAAUGGAUAUUUACGAUUCAAAAGUAGAUUCUACCGAACGUCUCAAAAGCGAUGCGGAAUUAUUCGACACUAAUUGGGAUCUAGUUAAAAAUCCUCUAAUUAUAAUCGAUAACGCAUUCAAAAAGCAGAUCACAGGUUUUCUCCCUGCGUAUCCAACGUACGUGCUUUUUUUUAAGUCGGUCAAAAGUCUAAAGGAAAUUAUUAAUCAUCUCAAGAAAUCAACAUUGUGGAGUAUUAAAUCACCCUUUGUAAUCGUUGAAACCGAAUUACGUUGUAAAAGUUCUAAGAAAAUUCUGGAAUUCAUGUGGAUGGAGGAUUUACUGUCAGUCUAUUACUUAUGCAAUAAAAAAGAUUUGACCGUCAUCCUGACGCUGAAUUCUUAUGCAAGAUAUGCUCCAAGGCCGUGGGUCCUAAUUGAGGAAUUUGGCGACAGUAACAAGAAAAUAAAUCUUUACAGCUUAAAUUAUACAAAAGACCUAAGACUAUGUAAAAGUAUAACUUUUGAAAAGACGGAUCAUUUAGAAAGUGCGGACAUACAAUUCAGUCGUUUCGAAUCUAGAAAAUUGAUAAAUUCUCGAAAAUUCACUAAUCAGAUUCUGAAAAGUCUAUUAGAUCAACCAGGAGCAACUCUAUUACAUAUACCAGGUUAUAUUAAUGCUACCCCGAAACUAGACUAUAUUUUAUAUCCAAAUUCAUCUCAAUUACUACAAGGUUACGUUCAGCAAUUAGUUGACCGAACAUCAGACGUUCAUGUAGCAUUAAUGCCAGUAACAGAAACUAACUAUAAGUAUGUAGAUGUCGUGGCGGACUAUUCUCACGAGUAUGAAUUUUCUAUAAUUUCCAGAAAGGCAGAUUUUUUUAUAGUACUUAACGAAGUAACUAGUGAUAUAAAUUUUGUAGUUAAGACAAUUACGUUGUCUGUUAUGUUCACGAUAGCUAUGGUGCUCAUCAACAGAGACGAUAUACGCGAGGCUUUGAUGGAUGUCGUGAGAUUAAUAGUCAGCAUGGGACUUGAAUCUCCGCUUAACCGACUAGCAAUUAAGUUCAUCUUUUUUUUUGGAUUUUUAUUCGCGUUCUCGGUAGUUCCCGACUUUCAGGGCCACGUAUCUGCGAUUCUGUCAAGUCCUAUGAAACGGAAUGUCGAGACGCUAAAAGACCUCCACGAAAACAAGUUCCAUGUGUACUAUUCAGACAAAUUGGAGCGAGCUAUAGUUAAUGAAAGUUUGUGGGUGACUGAUGAAGACAAAAAAUAUCUUCAUCCAAUUUCUACUGAGGAGAUUACAAAUUGUAUUAAUGAUGUAACCACGAAUCUUACAAUAGCUUGUAUACAUGAAGCAAAUUUAUUACAGCGAAACAUUGUUAACUAUUCCGAUAUUUAUCUGUCGAAAACACCAGUCUUUAAGAAACAAUUGGUUUAUUGGACCAGAAAGAAUUGGCCCUUAAAGACUAAGUUCGAUGAAAUGGCAUUAAAAACUUUAGAACUAGCGUUAUUAUUGGAAUUUCAAUCAAAAAAACGAGAUAAAAAUGCAAAGAAAAUAUCAAUAAUCAAGAAUAGGAUAGAGGCCGGAGAAAAGUAUGACCAAUUUGACUAUGAUGAGUUAAUAUUUAUUUUUUAUUUUAUCGGCUUUCUUUCUGCAUUUGGGGUUAUAGUUUUUUUGAUUGAAAUAAUAAUGGCUAGGUCUUUAAGAAUUUACAUAUAA